AUGUUUAAAACCGCCGUCUAUCACAACAUCUCACACAAUCUCCAUCUGCCUAUGACAUUUUGCUCUUCACGCUACCCUGAUACAAUAGACUAUUCUCUCAUUGACACCGAUCGGUUCCCAAUCACACCAAGAAUCACCCUUGAUAUCAAGAAAUAG